AUGGCCUCCACUUCGGUGAUCCUCAGCCGUGAAGAAACGGCAGCACCUGCCACGACAUAUUCCUACUGCAGCCGCCCCCGGGCUGUGCCCUCCAGGCGGCGAUACCGGAGUACCCUGGAAGCCACAGAGCUCGAUGAGGAACCAAUCCGCUAUGCCAAUCUUAUGUACGAGAGGAGAGUGGUCCGAGGCAAUACUUACGCCCUUCACAUGCUACCUUGGAGUGGCGAACCUGACCCUGUUGAGCUCCAGAAGCAGAGGGAAGCCCACCGCAAAGCGCUGGCUAGGAAACGUGCCAGAGAACAGCUGCAGACAAGGACCCCAGACCCUUUGGAGGGCAGGCGGCAUAUCAGUGUGCAGACAGAAUUAUACCUGGAAGAGCUUGCUGACCGCAUUGUAGAAGUUGAUGUGGAAUGUCAAACGGAUGCAUUUUUGGACCGACCAGCAACACCCCUUUUCAUUCCUGCAAAGUCUGGUCGAGAUGUGGCCACUCAGAUAUUGGAAGGAGAGCUGUUUGAUUUCGAUAUUGAAGUCAAGCCAAUGCUCGAGGUUUUAGUCGGGAAAACCAUCGAACAGGCUCUGCUGGAAGUCAUGGAGGAGGAAGAGCUGGCCCGUCUGCAGGCGCUCCAGUACGCCUUUCAUGAACUGCGCCGGGCAGAGCUUGCAGAGCUGCAGCGCCUGGAGGAGCAGGAGAGACGCCACCGAGACGAGAAGUUCCGCCGUAGGAAACAGCAACUGGAAGUCCUGCAGAAACAGAAGGAGACCUCUGAAAAAAUUGCAGCUCGGGCAUUUGCUCAGCGGUACCUGUCCGACCUCAUUCCUUCCGUCUUCGGUAGCCUUCGAGAUAGUGGAUACUUCUUUGAUCCGGUGGAAAGAGAUAUUGAAAUUGGAUACUUGCCGUGGUUGAUGGACAAAGUAGAAGAGACCAUAGAGAAGAGGAUUCUGGGAGGAAUCAUGAUUGACAGCUUAAUUCGUGACACGAUGGGAAUGCGGUUAGGCGCUUAUGAAAUGGGAAUAAUGCUGCCAACGAUUGGCCAACCACAAGAAGUUAUCCAACAUUCUGAUGAGGAAGCCGAUCGCAAACCCUCUGUUGAAGUUGUUAUAGGAACAGAGCUCUCGGAUCAGCUGGAAGGCUCAGCCCAGCCCGAAACCUCAGAGCAACCAAUAUAUUCAGGUCAGCUGGAAGCCUCGGAUCAAGCAGAAGGCUCAGCUCAGCUGGAAGCCUCAGAUCAGGCAGAAGGCUCAGCUCAGCUGGAAGCCCCAGAUCAGGCAGAAGGCUCAGCUCAGCUGGAAGCCUCAGAUCAGGCCAAAGCAGCAGAAGAACUAGAAACCAAGGAUGAUGAACCACAGUGAAGACCAAACAAACCAGGGAACUCAGCAGAUACAACAUGACUUUGCUCCAGCACAGUUGUGAAAAACCAUCGACAAAUGAUCACAUUUCAUUAGUUCUGGUGGGCAGGGAAUGAAACCGCAAGAGAUGAGUUCUAGAAACGUUUGCAAGAGCCCUCCCUGUCAGCCCUAUGUAAAGACAUCGAUUUCUAUAUUUUUUCAAUAAAUAGGCUUUAGUUUUUGCAUUCUUGUUUGAGAAGUUUCAAUGCACUAACUUGCUAAAUGCAAUCCAGCAAAAGUUAGUUGGGAUUAAGUCCAACUGAGAAAUCCACGGACUUGCAGUUUAAUUGGACACAAUAACAACAAGCUUCUGCCGGGUUGUGUGAGUUGGUUAGUUUUUCCAAACAUUCUUUUGGCUUUUAUAAAAUGUUUCCAGUAAAUAGGUUAUAAGAGCUUUCUCUUCUGAUUGUUAAAGAUGUUGUGUUUGUAUUUUGCCUUCUGUUGAAUGCUGCCGCUUAGUUUUUCUGCUAAUGUGCAUCUAUAUCUAUAGAUAAUAGAAAAUUUAGGAACAUUUUGUUGUUGUUUUUUCCUUGAUUGCAUUUUAAGUCUGAUUUAUUCAUGACUUCAGCACAAAAAAGAAAUGCUUUAAAAUGUUCAUUUGCCAGUGUAAAACGAAUCACCGAGGAAGUAAAUGGAGUGUCUGAUGUAGUGUCUCUGCUGGCCUGUUAUUUAAAUAACCGUGUGAGUUUCACAUUAGAAACUUCAGCUGAUUAUUUUUUGCAUGCUGCCACUCUGCUUGGCUAACUGCGGCGUCUUCUUCUCUUGUUGGAGGAAGGCUUCUUAUGUCAGAGGAAGGCACUGCCAUUACCUGAGCCAGGAAGCCACCUACAGUUUUUUUGGCCCAGUUGAUUUCCCCCCUAAUUUGAAAAUUUAACACAAACUAGUAAUCAUAUAUUUUUUUUAACCCCCAGAAAUGUACAAGAAACAUACUAAAUUGCAACCCUGAUUCUAAAAACUUUGAUUUAUUAAAAUGGGCAUGGUAAAUGUUAUUUCCUGAUCCACUUAUAUUUCUGUUUGGGAACCAAGCUGCACGUUCAGGAAAUAUCUGCGAUAAACAGUUCUUGACUAUACCACUUCAGGAUAUGUGUGCAGAAGCAAUAUAUGUAUUUACAUGAUGGAAUUCUCCUUUGUGUUGAAGAUCCCCUGCCUAAAGACAUGUAGCACAUGAUAAAGAACCAUUCUGGCCUUCUCCAUGAUGUGCUAGUUUUCUGUAUGUGGGGGUUCAGUUAGAGAAUGGUGCAUUCCAAAUGCAUUGCUUGGGAGGACUCUACGUGUGCUGUUUCUUAAUGUGUAUGUUGGCUUUGGUAAGGAAUCUAUUGUUAAAUGUGUUUCUCUCUACCGAAAUAUAUUUUGUGUGUACCGAUAAUAAAGAGGAU